GAGAGGAUUUUGCGAAGUGAACAGCAUGAUGUGAUUGUAUCGGCUACCAGAGGAAAGAACCUUUAGCUGGAAGGAUCGGUAGCCCGCAGAGUACUGAGAAUGUGAAAUGUGGCAUCCAAAGCCUGUCAUUGAUAGUCUUGUUUAACGAAAAUGAGGAUUCUAGCGAAGCUUGAUGGAUAAAGGUAUUUUCAGUCCUUCAGAAUGUAUUUGAACCUUUCUCAAUCGGUAACAAGGUGACUUCGCAUUAGAGAUAUUAUUCGGAGCUACAGAAUGACAGAGCUACAAAGGCCUUGAAGAGAUGUUUACACCAUUUGAAAUCUACCCGCAUAACGCUCAUUUCAAGGAAUCACAUCAUAGACAUCGUCGUGGCACGGUAGAAAAACCAUCAAAGACUGGGCGUGGAGGAAGAUUCAGUCGGACAGGCAGCAGAUGACAACGAAAAUACCAACGUAAAUAUACCUAUUAUUGUAACCUAUGACCAGAAAUAAUGAAUUCAACACUCAUCACGGAGGCUUCACCAUCUUCUGGUAUUGCAACAGUCCACAUCGGAACAGCAUCUACCGGUGCGGGUGCAGCCGCUACCACUGCUCUUCGGAAUGAUUUGGGUUCCAACAUCCAUGUCUUGAAAACACUCAACCUCCGAUUUCGCAGUUUCCUCGCUAAGGUUCGUGACUUAGAACAUCGAAAUGCGUUUUUAGAAAAUCAGCUACAACAAGCACUAGAGCAAUCCCAUUUCCGAGCCUACUUCUCCCGUGAAAAAGCUACCCAAACCAACUAUCUGGAUCCAGCUUGUUCAGGCGCCCAGCAUCCGCAACGGAUACCUGGGACUAUUUGGAACUUUUCUCAUAGGAUGGGCUAUGGGGAACGAUACCAGACUCUCCAGAACCCUGGGCUUUCGUGGAUGCAACCGAACUGCGUGGGUGUUCAAAUUGAUACCAUCACCCCAGAACUUCGAGCAUUGUACAAUGUUUUAGCCAAAGUGAAGCGAGACAGAAACGAAUACAGACAAAAAUGGGAGGAGGAGUUGUCCAGGCGCCAGCAGAUGGAGGCUAUGGUGGAGACCCUUCAAGAGAACGCCCAGGAGUCUGAGGUGGUCCAAGAGGAGCUUACAGAGAAGGUGGAGAGGCUCAACACAGAGCUGGGGGCUUUCAAGAGCCUCAUGACCGAUCAAAGGUCAGACUUGGAUACUGCCAUCCAGGAGAAGGCUAUGACGGUGGACAUGGACAUCUGCAGACGCAUCGACAUCACAGCUAAGAUGUGCGAUGUUGCCCAGCAACGCAACUCGGAGGACAUGAGCAAGAUGUUCCACGCUAGUCCCUCCAGAGCCCCGGAGAGCAAGGGUGCCAUGGCCUGCAGGAGGAAGGAGCGUAAGGGAGCGUGUGAGGAGAAGAGCUCUGACAUGGAGCCUGGGCCUGGUGGGGAGGAGGUGGAGGGGGAGCAUGAGGAGCAGGAGCAGCAGGCUGGAGAGGUGGCAGCAACUCUCAACAUCACAGACGAGAUGAAGCGCAUGCUCAACCAGUUGCGAGAAACAUUUGACUUUGAGGAUGACUGCGACAGCCUGGCAUGGGAGAACGAGGACACGCUGCUCCUGUGGGAGGACUUCACCAACUACAACCUCCCCUCUGCAUCCGCCUCAGCUGCUGAGGGCCAGGGGGAGGGCCCCGAGCAGGAUAUUAGUGUGGGUAGUCUCAUCGACAAGACCGAGUGUCUAAUCCAGAACAGAGAAAAGGAGUACCAGGAGACCAUGGGGAAGAUUGAGCUAGAGCUGGCUACAGCCAAGGACGACAUGAGCAGACACCUGCAUGAGUACAUGGAGAUGUGCAGCAUGAAGCGAGGGCUGGACGUGCAGAUGGAGACCUGCAGGAGACUCAUCAAGGGCUCCGGGGGCACCGGCAGGAACUCCCCAUCGUUCAGCUCUGUGUCGAGCAGCGAUUCAGGGAACAGCGACGAGAUCCAGGAGGAGAUGGAGAAGGACGCAGAGGCUGAAGGCGGGGUCAGCUGAUGAUCGACAGGACUCCCACCCAGCACCCAGGGGAGAGAACAGAGACACGGCCGCCCUCCUUGACACCCAGCUCCCCCCCACCCCUGACAUUUCUCUGUGGAGGAUUCCGAUUGGUGCUGCUUCAUUUAAACCCUGCUCACACCAUGGUGCCCAUCUGAACUGGGGUGAGCUGGCCCCGCCCAUUAUAGCUGGGUUAGGUCGGUUCAGCUCAGCUCAGAUCUGAUGAGUGACAGGGGUCUAAGUGUGUUCAUAAUUGGGAAAAGCUGUUCUUCCUAAGAAGGUUACUCGAGACAACACUCUAUAUAUUCCAGCUCACCUGUGUCUUCAAACACACACUCAAUACAAAAUACAGUAUUUGGUCAAAUAGAAUAUUUAUUUACACAGAGACAUGAAACCG